AUGAUGUUUGUUCCUGAUGUUGUCUUGGUUGGUGCUGUUUUAUCUUUAAUGGCAUUUGCUUCAAAUAUUGAACCAUACUACUACUUACAGUCUCAAAGCAACAGUCUUCCAACUAAAACUACAAUUCACAAGAGAAACUUUCAUUGUACCCACGCAUUUUUUUGGACUCUCAGUUUAAUGGCAUUGGAGUGGGUGUUGCUAGGUUACGCUGCAGGCGCAGAGGCGAUCAUGGUCCUCCUCCUGACCCUCCCAGGCCUCGACCCACUUCGCAAAGGACUCAUCACAGUGACUCGCAGCCUCCUCAAACCCUUUCUCUCUGUGGUACCCUUUUGCCUCUUCCUCCUCAUGGACAUCUAUUGGAAGUACGAGACUCGACCUUCGUGUGAAGCUGAAUCGUGCUCUCCGUCGGAGCAUCUCCGCCACCAGAAGUCGAUCAUGAAGUCCCAGCGCAACGCCCUCCUUAUUGCCUCAGCUCUCAUCUUCUACUGGUUGCUCUACUCGGUUACUGGUCUUGUUGUGAAGGUUGAUCAGUUGAACAAGCGCUUGGAGAAGUUGAAGUCCCAGGAUUGAUUUCUGGGUCAAUCAGAUAAGUUUCUUUUGUCUCGAUCCGUCAAACAAUUGCAAUUUGACAAUUUCAGGAUCUGUGUUUUGGGUGACUUUGUAUUGUAUUGCACGCCUAUUACUGCCUAUGUACAUCGAGGGUUUCCUUUCCGAUCAUUUCUGCUUUCUUUUUGUGGGUCUUUUGGCUUGUUUCUGACUAUGUGGAAUUCGGUAUUAGUAGAAAAGCGAUCGCUGUAAUCGAAUUAUGUGAAAUUUUGUGGAAUUAAAAUAAUCCCUUUUGUUCUUGGCAUUUAAAUUAUUGUCAAUUUGGUACUGGUUGGCUCUUUUUGCUGUGUUUCGUGUGUUUUAUUCUAUACAUUGUACU